CAGUGGUUGUAUUUUUGUACCUAUUCGAAAUCAGUGAUUCGCUAUAAUUUAAUUUAAAUUAUAAGAAUCAAUAAAAAAACAUGUUAUCCAGCCUGAGGUCUGGAGUCCAGGGUUUGUGGCGUGUAUCAUCUAGGGCUUUGCAGACCACCACAACCUUACAGCAUGACAGUCUGUUCGUACACAGAGAUACCCCUGAGGAUAACCCUAAUAUACCUUUCGAAUUUAGCACAGCAAACCAAAAGCGUGUUGAUGCACUCCUAGCAAUCUAUCCAGAGGGCCACAAAAGAGGCGCAAUGAUUCCUCUCCUGGACUUAGCACAGCGUCAGAAUGGUGGUUGGUUGCCAAUUUCUGCCAUGCAUAAGGUAGCUGAAAUCCUUAAUCUUCCUCGUAUGAGAGUCUAUGAGGUAGCAACAUUCUAUACUAUGUUUAUUAGACGACCCAUUGGUAAAUACCAUGUGCAAGUAUGCACAACUACUCCAUGUUGGUUAAGAGGAUCAGAUGCAGUGUUGAAUGCAAUCAAAGAGGCGACAGGAUGUGAAGUUGGUGGAAAUAGUCCAUGUGGAAAGUUCUCUAUUUCUGAAGUGGAAUGUCUAGGAGCUUGUGUUAAUGCACCAAUGAUCCAAGUGAAUGACGAUUAUUAUGAAGACCUGUCAGUAGAAGACACGAAAGAAAUAAUUGAAAAAUUAAAGAAAGACGAAAAACCAAAGCCUGGCCCAAGGAGUGGACGAUUUGCAUCUGAGCCUCUUGGUGGACUCACGUCGCUUACCGAAGAACCAACAGGUCCUGGUUUUGGACUCCAAGACGGAUUGAAAGCUUAGAUCAUCUGUAAUUUUUUUUGUAAAUUUUAUUGUAUAGGCAAUAUUCAAAUAAAUCAUGUUAGAACGAU